AUGGAGAGUCAUCCCCAUGAAGUUUUGUUUGUUGCACUUAUCGCAACAUUUGCUAUUUUUCACAUUGCUCAAGCUCAAGAUCAAGAAGGGUUCAUCAGUUUGGAUUGUGGUUUAUCCCCGAACGAAGUGUCACCAUAUAUCGAACCGAUUACUGGACUACGGUUUUCAUCAGACGCAGGCUUCAUUCAAAGUGGACAAAUUGCUAGAGUUGAUAAAAGUCUCGAGGCCACGUCUCUAAAGUCAUACAUGACGCUAAGAUACUUUCCAGAUGGACUACGCAACUGUUACAAUCUUAGUGUGAACCAAGGGACAACUUAUUUGAUGAGAGCUACAGCUCUAUAUGGAAAUUAUGACGGCCUUAAAGCUUUUCCUAAGUUUGACUUAUACAUAGGCCCUAACUUUUGGGUAACAAUAGACAUGCAAAAAUAUGGAGACGGUCAAGCUGAGGAGAUCAUUCACAUCCCAAGAUCAAAUUCCUUAGACGUAUGUCUUGUUAAAACAGACACGUCGACGCCAAUUAUAUCACUCUUGGAAUUCAGGCCACUAGAUAAUGAUACAUACAUCACUGGUUUGGGUUCCUUGAAAAAUUUCAUGCGGUUCUAUCUUAGCAAGUCAGAAUCAAUUCACAGGUUCCCAGAAGACAUCAAAGACAGGAUAUGGGAACCAUACUUUGAGUCAGAAUGGACACAAAUUUCCACCACUCUUAAAGCCAACAACUCCGAUGAUGGUUAUUUUGUGCCGCGAAAUGUGCUCAUGACCGCAGCAAUUCCUGCCAACGCUAGUGCACCGUUGAGUUUCACCGGGGAGCUAGAUUCUCCUAAUGACGAACUUUACUUGUACCUCCACUUCUCUGAGGUCCAGGCACUACGGGCCAACGAGUCUAGAGAGUUUGACAUUUUGUGGAGUGGAGACGUUGUUUACGAAGCUUUAAGGCCUGAAUAUCUGAACAUCACGAUAAUUCACUCUCCUCCACUUACUUGCGAAGGAGGAAAAUGCAACUUACAGCUGAAAAGAACUAAAAACUCUACUCUCCCACCUCUUCUCAAUGCCAUUGAAGUUUACACGGUACUCAAGUUUCCACAGUUGGAAACAAAUAAGAAUGAUGUUGUUGCUAUCAAAGACAUCAAAGCCACCUAUGAAUUGAAUAGAAUCACAUGGCAAGGAGAUCCAUGUGUCCCGCGAAAGUUUUUGUGGGAUGGUCUAGAUUGCAACAGCACAGAUACAUUAACACUACCAAGAAUCACAUCAUUGUGA